UGAACUCUCUCAAAGCAAGGAUGACUUGGUUGGUAAAGCUCCGGAGGAGUUUCCGGCAGGUGUCUCCUCAGGUGGUGCUGUUCCUGCUAUUUGCCUUCUGCCUGCUUAGCGUUUUUGUCUCUGCAUAUUAUUUAUAUGGAUGGAAGCGAGGACUGGAGCCCUCUGGGGACAUUCCAAGCCCAGACUGUGAUGAGCAGAAGGUUGCCCCUUCACGCCUGCUUCCACUAAAGCCCAUCAAAGUGGUGGAUUCUUCUCGCACAGACCCUUUGGUUCUUGUGUUUGUAGAAAGCCUUUACUCCCAGCUGGGCCAGGAGAUUGUGGCCAUUUUGGAAUCCAGCCGUUUCAAAUACCUGACUGAGAUUGCUCCAGGGAAAGGGGACAUGCCCACACUGACCGACAAGGACCGAGGGCGCUUUGCACUGAUCAUCUACGAGAACAUUCUGAAGUAUGUGAACCUGGAUGCCUGGAACCGUGAACUCUUGGACAAGUACUGUGUAGAGUACGGAGUAGGAAUUAUUGGCUUUUUCAAGGCUAAUGAGAACAGCUUGCUGAGUGCGCAGCUGAAAGGCUUCCCCCUCUUUCUCCACUCCAACCUUGCGCUGAAGGACUGCAGCAUCAAUCCCAAAUCUCCACUUCUGUAUAUCACACGGCCCAGCGAGGUGGAGAAGGGGCUGCUUCCAGGGGAGGACUGGACAGUCUUCCAGUCAAACCAUUCCACCUACGAACCAGUCCUCCUGGCCAAAACCAAGUCAGCAGAAUCCAUCCCACACAUGAGCAUUGAUGCCGCGCUCCAUACCACUGUGGUACAGGACUUGGGCCUCCAUGAUGGCAUUCAAAGAGUCCUCUUUGGCAACAACCUCAACUUUUGGCUGCACAAACUGGUCUUUGUGGACGCUGUUUCUUUUCUCACUGGCAAGAGGCUUUCUCUCCCCCUUGACCGCUACAUCUUGGUUGACAUUGAUGAUAUCUUUGUUGGCAAGGAAGGCACACGCAUGAAGGUGGAUGAUGUAAAGGCUCUAUUUGACACCCAGAAUGAACUGCGCACCCAUAUCCCAAACUUCACCUUCAAUCUGGGCUACUCAGGGAAAUUCUUCCACACAGGUACCGAUGCAGAAGAUGAGGGAGAUGACCUGCUGCUCUCAUAUGUGAAGGAGUUCUGGUGGUUCCCCCACAUGUGGAGCCACAUGCAGCCUCACCUCUUCCAUAACCAGUCUGUGCUGGCUGAGCAAAUGACCAUGAAUAAGAAAUUUGCUGUCGAGCAUGGGAUCCCCACUGAUAUGGGAUAUGCAGUGGCACCUCAUCAUUCAGGGGUAUACCCAGUCCAUGUUCAGCUAUAUGAGGCCUGGAAGCAGGUUUGGGGAAUCAGAGUCACAAGUACCGAAGAGUAUCCUCACCUCAAACCAGCUCGCUACAGACGAGGAUUUAUCCACAAUGGAAUCAUGGUUCUCCCACGGCAGACAUGUGGCUUGUUCACGCAUACCAUAUUCUAUAAUGAAUACCCUGGUGGCUCCAAUGAGCUGGAUAAGAUCAUCAAUGGAGGCGAGCUUUUCCUAACUGUGCUACUUAACCCUAUCAGUAUCUUCAUGACUCACCUCUCCAAUUAUGGCAACGAUCGCCUGGGCUUAUACACCUUUAGACACUUGGUUCGCUUCCUCAACUCCUGGACUAACUUGAAGUUGCAGACACUGCCACCUGUGCAACUAGCACAGAAGUAUUUCCAAAUAUUCUCAGAGGAGAAAGACCCACUGUGGCAGGAUCCCUGUGAGGACAAACGCCACAAAGACAUUUGGUCCAAAGAGAAGACCUGUGACCGAUUCCCCAAACUGCUAAUCAUUGGUCCUCAGAAGACAGGUACCACAGCCCUCUAUCUAUUUCUGGGCAUGCAUCCUGACCUGAGCAGUAACUACCCCAGCUCGGAAACUUUUGAGGAGAUCCAGUUCUUCAAUGGACAUAACUAUCACAAGGGCAUCGACUGGUAUAUGGAGUUCUUCCCCAUCCCUUCCAACACCACUUCUGACUUCUAUUUUGAGAAGAGUGCCAAUUACUUUGACUCAGAAGUAGCACCCAGGCGGGCUGCUGCACUUCUUUCCAAGGCUAAAAUAAUCACUAUUCUCAUCAACCCUGCAGAUCGGGCCUACUCUUGGUACCAGCAUCAGCGAGCACAUGACGACCCAGUUGCCCUGAAGUACACCUUCCAUGAGGUGAUCACAGCAGGGUCUGAAGCCUCUCAGAAGCUCCGGACACUACAGAACCGUUGCCUAGUACCAGGCUGGUAUGCUACCCAUAUUGAGCGCUGGGUGAAUAAUUUCCAUGCCAAUCAGAUUCUUGUCCUGGAUGGCAAGCUGCUACGCACAGAACCAGCCAAAGUGAUGGAAACAGUCCAGAAAUUUCUUGGAGUGACGAACAUCCUAGAUUACCACAGAACUCUAGCGUUUGAUCCGAAAAAGGGAUUCUGGUGCCAACUACUGGAGGGAGGGAAAACCAAGUGCUUGGGGAAAAGCAAAGGAAGGAAAUAUCCGGAGAUGGAUUUGGAUUCAAGGGCAUUCUUGAGGGACUAUUACAGGGACCACAACAUAGAACUAUCCAAGCUACUGUACAAAAUGGGCCAGACGCUGCCAACUUGGCUGCGGGAGGAACUCCAGAACACUAGAUAGCUAUUUCUUAUCUCCUGUAUUGAGCAAUAGUAGAAUGAGUUCAUGGGGGAGGAUCUCAGAACUGUACGCCAAGCCCAAACGACGUGAUACGGUGUGGGAUAUGCAACCAGGAAAGAAGCAUUUUGAGCAAUAUCCAUUCAAAGUCUUUGGGGGCAGGGGUGGGGGAAGGGGAGUGGGAAAGGGCUUGUACAAGUUAGUGUUGCUGCUUUGGAGAAGUGGACCAUUUGACACCUAUCAGGAAUUGAUGUCUGUCUAAGUACCAGGGCCAAGGCAGCAUGACACAGACCUCUUCCAGCUUCUUGAGGAGCAGGACUACCCUGCUGGUGUUGAGGUUGCCUCCAGGUCUGUAAUGUCACUUCCUGGUGAAGAGGAUCCACAAGGAGCAGAGCAGAUCCUUUCUCCAGUCCCCACAUCUGAAAUAGUAUUACAGCAAGCAAGUCUUAAACCCCUUCCCAUCAGAUGAUGGCAAAGAGGGAAUGUAGGACUCACCCGGGGCUAGUCGGUAAUGGCACCUGUGCCGUGUGAGUUUGGAGGACGGCAACGAUGACAGCCUAGGCAGUGUGAAGCUGGAGCCAGAUGGAGGCCCUGCUGCAAGCCUGGACCCAUUUAUGCAAUUGGGGCUCAAACCCAGACUGAACUGUGUAAUGGAGUAGAGUAGUUGAAAGAGGUGUUCUGUUUUUAUACAAGGUGAUUUUGACAGACUUUGGUGCUGGCAAUAUUUUAGAUUAUCUCAGAUGGAUUAUUUUUUUCUCCAUCUUUUUAUUUGGGAGUGGGGAGAAGUACAGAUCGGGGGUGGGGGAUGCAAACUCAUCUGACAAAGUAUUUGUCAAGAGAACUUGCUCCAGAAUUAAUGGAAUGUCUCCCAACCUACACCCCUGCCUCCAAUCUCAGCAUUUUUAUGUGAGUGGUGUUUCCUGUGGUAAGACACUGAGGCCAUCCAGUAUCCCAGUCGCCAUUAGCACACAUGGUCUGCUGCCUCGAGGAACAACAGGAUGCUCUUCUGGCAGAUGUGUGGGCCUUGGACUAAUGACUGCCAAAAAGUUGACUUCAGAACACGGAACCUCUUGAGCACUAGAAGAUACAGUAUUUCAAUAACUUUGAGAGUGCUUUUUGGAUGCCAGAGUUUGUAUUCCAGAUAUUAUUUGGCCCCCAUUAUUGUUACUGGAGAAAAGCGAGAUGGUCCUUUUGGAUUUUGUUGAUCUGCCUGGUCUUCGUACUUUAGAAGAAUGUUCAAGGAUGAGUGCAUUGCUGACCCAGUUCAAUGGCCGCCUCUCUCCCAGUGUCGUCUUCUUUGAGGCCCUUCUUUCCUGUGACAGAGAAGCUCUGCUAACAAGGCGGCUGCUGCAGUUUGGUGUGUGUGUGCGUGUGCAUAAUGAAUUGCCACUCAGGAUGCAGAUGGCAUAGUUCUGAGCAUAUGCAGUGGAAUGUUCGUUCUCUCUCUCUCUCUCUCUCUCACACACACACACACACACACACACACUCUCUCUCUCUCUCUCUCUCUCAUAUAUUAUCUUGUUCUCUCUGCCAAGAUGACAUGUUAAGCAAAGCAACAAAUGAUUUUGUCAUUUUGGGUUAUUCAGUCUUACACCACUAUGUGCUGAAUGGCUCCACAGGAAGGGAAUGCAAGAGUUGAGCUGAGGCGCAGGUUGGCUGGGGAUACAAAGGUUUGUAUGUGUUUAAUGCAUCACAGUGGAUGAAGGCAUGACAAGUAAAAGCUGUUCAGGUUUCUGUUAGAUUCAAACUCAGAUAGUUCUAGCAAGUAGUAAUAUAGAACUCCAAAAAAAGAAAGCCUGAGGGGAGGAGGUUUUAGACCAGGAACUUAAGAACUAACUAUAGAGCAUUGAUUUCCAGUGCUUUGGGGAAUUGGGUUAUAGACAGUUAUUUUAUGGGGGGCACCUUCAUGCCCUGCUUUGGCACUUCUGGCUGCCCCCUCUUGGAAUUGGAAACAGGAUGCUGGACUAGGUGUAUGCAACAGGCAUCUUGUUAUGUUCUUGUGUAGGAAUCAUUCCAACUAGAUAGCAAAUGAACAGUUCUCCAUGCAUGAGAAGGCAGAAGUGAGGCAGGCUUCUUCCUAAGCUCACACUCUUGUGUCUUUGUCAUUACUGCCAAAGGAGGAAGGCCUGAGAGGCCUGUGUCCACAUACUGAAGGGUAGAGAGAGAGAGAUCCUGGCACACUUGUACUUCAUUUCCUUUUCUCAGUUUGUCACUUAAAAACAGCAGAAUCCUCAUUCGGUGAUUCUCAUGAGUUCUCACACAGUCCAACUGAUGACUCCCCAUCACACAAACCUCUUCCUUGCUUUUGGCACUGCACAUAAGCACCAUCUAGUGGGUUGGUUAAGAAGUUGCACGUGGCUUGCCUCUUGCCUUUUAUUCCCACAGUGUUUUAAAUUAAAACAGCCAUGCCAAUAAGAGGAGUGCAGCGGGGGUAUGAAAAUGUGGGGAAUGGAUUGGGGUUUGGGAGGCUGGGCUUGAGGUAAUGCCUGUUUUGUAUUUUUGUUUUUAGAUACAAUAUAAUUUUAUAUGGGCCUUCAGCAAAAUAAUGCUCACAAUGAAGAGAUCUUUUCUGUCCUAGGUGUGUGUGCGCAUGUGCGUGCACACACACACACACACACACACCACAGCAGAAAAAGCAAAGACAGUGCCCUAUAAAUGUCCCUUGCUCUUUUAUAGCAAUCUGCUCAUUUCUCCCUUCUCCAUUACCUAUUCAAGAAAGUUCCCUCAUGUCUGAAGCCAUCUGCUAGCAGGAGAGGACAUUUCCUGUCUUCUGGACUAGCCCAGAGCUCAUAAGCUCUGUCAGGCUAGGCAACAAGCUGUGGAGUGAAGUGAGACAUGACUGUGGCAGAUCUGGUGGUGUAAACCCCAAUCUACUCCCUUCACAUCACCUCAUAGCAAGGGGUGGAUAGUUGUGGAGUGCAGAACUGUCCUCCUCCUCCCCACAUCCCUGCAAUGGGUCCUCCCAGGUGCUGCUCUUCUCAGCAGAGCUCCAGUAGUGGAAGUGAGCUUAUCUGGGAGAAAAAUGGUUGGAGAAAAGUUGUGAGUGGAACUGGUGAUUCUUCACUCCUCCAUUUGUGCACUUCCCCCACCCCUCAGUAAGAAUGGGCUGUUACCUUUUUCUGCAUGAUUGGGACAGAUCAGAGUUCAAACACAAAUCUAAUAUGACCCUGAGUAUCUGCAUGUAUCUUAAGGUUUGAAGUGUUCAAAAACAGGAAUUUUGCAAGAGAGCUGGUAGCUUUUCAGGUCUGUACUUCUCUGUCUCAGUCCUGGAUGCUUCAAAGUUCAAAAGUCGCUUUCACAUUAGAAACCAGGCUGGUAAUUCAAAGGGCAAGUAACCCCACAAGCAUUUUGUCUUUGGCCUAUCCACUGCUAGCAGUCUUAAUAUUCAAAUUCAGCAGCAGUCCGUUUUCCUGCUGAUAGUCUGAUGAUGCCGUGUCCUGUGAGCACCACCUGUAGCAAGCCAUGACCUUAGGAGUGCAGUGACAUUGGAAUGUAGGCCUGUCAGACACAAAUAGUUGUUAAUAUCCAGAGGAGCAAUACUUUGGCUUGUGCUUGGGGGCAGUCAUUGUGGAUGUAACUUAGAGCAGUCAGGCAAUUUGGGCCUGUGACAGGGUCAGUGAACGGCAGGCCUAGACACUAUAAUUGUUGCUUCUCUCACUGUCUGCAACUUGGUGUGGAAUAAGGCACAGUAUGAGCAGCUGCUAUGCCCUGCAAAUCAGCGACUUACUCUAUUCCACAAGGGCAAAUCUAUAAAGUAGCAGAAGCAAGAAAGGAUUGAUUGGAGGUGGAAACAAGAUGGGCUCUGCCAGGCCACCAGUAAUGGGUGGGAAACUUGGCCAAGAGAUUGUGGUGUAGGGAAACUGGGUAGCCAUUGUGGGAAGCAGGAUGCUGGGCUAGGCGAGCCUUGACUCCUCUCCUCCAGAUGGGCUCCUCCCAGGUUCUAGUUGGGAGAGGUAAAUAUUUGCCAAACCGUUUCCUUCUCUUUAUAGAUGGAAGAUGCUCUACAGCUUGGAGCAGGAGAGACUUCUUGAAAACUGCAGUGCCAUUCUUGACCUUGGCAUGUGUGCAUAUGUUUCUCAUGUCACAAUGAUCAGGCUACAGGCUUAAUGUUAAAUAACAUGGAAACCAUUACCUCAUCCAUGCAAAGAAAGCAUAUGAUGGUUCUCGGGACUUCAGGAAAUUGCUUUAACAGAUCAUCUCUGGAGGGCAAUGGUAACCAUUGCCUAAAAGUUCACUCUCAUUAUAGACACUUUUAUUAUUAUUGUGCACUGCUGUCUGUCUUCUAAAUAUAAAAUUUUUGUAUAGAAGUUCUAUCAAGAAAAUUUCAGCUUAGCUCUUGCAGGUAGCUAUCUCCAUCCCAUCAGGCUCUGGCAUCAUGCUGCCAAAGCAACAAAUGGGGCGGGGGGGGGGGGGGGAGAGAGAUCUUAGUAUACAUGUGCUCAUUUUUUUCAUUAAGUAUUAAUUUGUACUUCUCCAAAAUACUUACAUGAUGUAGCCUGCACUGUAUGAGGAGAAAUCUGCCUUUCCACUCCGUCAGCUGGUCAGCAACAGUCAUGAGGCACCACUCCCUGACUGAGCAAAUGUCACAAGAGACUUUGCGAAUAUCUGGGUGCUUUAAAAAAAAAAAGUGUCCAUCUUAGGUUGUUUUCUUUUUGUUCUUGAUGAAAGAAGGAGCCUUCCGUGGGUUUCUGUUUUUAUUUUUGCAUGAGAUUCUGUAUGGUUUCCCAUGGGGAAGGGAUGUUUUCUUGGUGGGGAGGAGAGGGGAGGGAAUACUCUUGAGUCUUUCUCCCUUAUUUUUAAUCUGUACUUGAACUCUUUGGGUUCAGAAAAUUGUGUCACUAAUGUAAAGUCCUGUUGAACUAACUGCUAAUAAAAUUGGGUUAUCUGUUUUUAAAUA